UUCCCAUGCGACCUUUCAACCUAUGUCGAUGGAAGUAGCGCAGCUCCAAGCGACCAAGUCGGAGCUUGAGCGAGCCUUCCUAAAGGAGCGAGAUAGCUCCAAGUGGACAAAAGAGCACUAUGAUGAGCUGUGUGUUGCCUUGGACAAGGCACUGGAAUGUGGCCUCGGUGAGCCUCGCGACAAGCUCGGGAUCGGCGCUGUCACGCUCGUCCAAGAGGUUCUCCAUGCGUGCAACGCGUACGAGAAGGCGCAGAUCAAAAUUCAGUUGAGCAAGUCGAUGGGCCCCGACGACAUUCGCGUGUGCAACGGCAAGACUGUGAUCAUCGAAGAGUGCGCGCGCAUCCUCAGUGGCUUGAACAACUUGAGCCAGCAGAGUUGGAACGACGCGGUUGUGGCCCCGGAGGUCAACGGACCCAUCAUCUUCCAUAACUCUCGAAUCGAAACCAUGUCCAACGACGUGCGCUCCAAUGUCAUCUUGAUCCGAAAAGCGUAUCGCCGCAUGGAUGGCGACAUGUGGCGGGUGGAGGACGGCCUUCGCAUGGUGAGCGAUGCGGUGUCUCAAUACGACCGCCUCGUACAACGUGUGGAGUCAGAAGUCACGUCGCGCGAGCGCUUGGAAGCCGACGCGCGCAUCAACAUGAACAGAACCAAGCUGCAGACGACGGCCGCCAUUGCCCAAGAGAUGUCACAAAUCAGCAGCGGAACCAACGCGACCCCGACGUCACUGAUCCAUGACGACCAGCGCAGGAAUACGCUGAUGCAAUCCGUCGCGGCGCGGGCGACUGCUAUCGAGAUGGUCGAUCUGCAGCACAUUCUUGCCGAGCAAAUGCAGCAAGCAGUCGUGGCCGACGAUGGGCGGCACGAUGAAAAGUACGACAGAUUUGAUGGAAAUGCCACGACAAUGCCGACGGACGGCGAGGGCGAACAGUUUGCACAAUCGCUCUUUGGCAACGUCGACGUCGACACAUCCGACGGGGCGCAGGCAACGCCGACCACGAGCAAAUUGAGAGCCAAGCGAUCCCAGCGACUGCUGGAACAACGCCUGGCAACAGUGAAGCACUUGGAAGGACUGCAAAACCAAGGAAGCGCACCCGUGGACCACGUCGAGCGAAAGGAAGCCCUCCACGGUUCUGGCGGCACGCCAUCCGCUGACCACUCGGGAUCUCGUCGCAACCGAUCGAUCACGUACAAAGCGAAAACGGAAGCGGAACGCGUCCGGCUGGACGACAUGCGAAGGGCUCGGGAGGCUGUGGACGAAGGCGCGGAUGACACCGAGGCAGAAAAGAGCCUGCGAGCCGACGCUCGCAAAUUUCUCAUGAAAUACACCGGCGACAUAUGGCGAGCAACCGCUCAAGGCGAGUUGGACGUAGUUCAAAAGUUCUUUCUCGUCGAGUCGACGGCCAAGCUGCUCAACUUGCACAAUAAGGCGCCAGGACAAGGGCGGCGAACGUUGCUCCAUACAGCAGCAUGGCGUAGUCAAGGAGCUGUGGUCGAGUACUUAUUGAAACUGGGGGCCGAAGUAGACGCCAUUGACACGAUUCACAGCAAGACGACGGCGCUGAUCGAGGCCGCGCGUGCGGGGCAUACCGGGAUUUGCAAAAUGUUGCUGGACCACGGAGCUUGCUUAACCCACCAAGACGUGCACGGAGACACGGCCGUGCACUGGGCAGUGCGACGCCAGUGGCACAGCCUUGCCGUGAUUCUCGUCAAGCAUGCCGAAGUCGUGACGCAGCAUUCGACCGUGCGCGUGUUUGCUCUCGAGAAUUACCAAGGCUUUACCUGCCUCGACAUGUGCACGACGUCGUAUAUGACGGACUUGGUCAAGAGAGAGUUCAACAUCACACCCGUUUCGACUCGUGAUCAGCGCCGCGAAGCCAAGCGUCUGGGCCUCAAGAAGAUGCAGCGCGCGUCGUUGCGGAUGGUCAUGCCCACGGCCGUCUCGAACCAGCACCCCCAAGUCGACGACCUCUUCGACAACCUCGUACAAACCAAGUCCCAAGUGCUCGAGGGUCUCAACUCCCUCGGUCUCGGGCUUGAGACGUAUGCUUACACGCGGUGACCUGCGCGGGGGGGCAUUUCAAUGAUGGCCAUGGCGUGAGUAGGACGCCAUAUCUUACGUUUGAAAGCGGUCAUUGAAAACAGCGGCAGGUCUUGGG